AUGAUAAAAGAAUCGUGCAUUACAUUAUUAUAUCUCAGAUACACCAAUGAUAAGAAUCAAGGAAUGAUAUUCUAUAAGGUGGUUCUGAGCAUAGGUUGUUUUAAAGAAAUCAAUCCUACUAUUAUAUGUCUGAAGAAUACAUUUGUGUGCAUACAUUUUGGACCUGAUCAAGUAGCACGAUGGCAGGGAUUCCUAUUUCAUCAACAAAUAAAUCCCUCCCAACAAAGCAGUAAUUCACCGGACAUCAACUACCAAAACAGUAACUACAAUUAUUAUGACCAAUACUACUACAGCAACAAUAACCAUGAACACGAAUAUUACAACUAUUACAACAAUAAUUCUCAACAGCCGCAAAAUGAACAACCUGACCCUGUCACAGAACAGAUUGAUGAAAAUGAUCAAAUGAUUGAAGAUCAAAAUAAGGAAAACAAUUUUGAGAAGGCUGAAGAACACGAAGAGCACAAAGAAUAUGAGGAAUAUGAGGAAUAUGAGGAAUAUGAUGAAUACGAUGAAUAUGAGCAAGAUACAAAUACAUUAUCAAAGGAAACCAUUGCUAUUUUUAAAUUCUCUGAAGCUUACAAAAAAGAAAGGGAUGCAAUUGACAAGGCAGCAGAAGCAAUCGAAGACGAAGAAGAAGAGUGGGAUUUUGACGAAUCAACUGUUGCUCAUCGGAAUGGAAUUGAGGCCCCAGCUACGACCUUAAUUUUAUCAGAAGCUUCAUCUUCAAUUACAGAGCAUUUAUUGAAUUCAGCUUAUCUCGAGUCAUGUUCAAAGGGUACUCAACAGUCUCCCAUUAUACUGUGGCCAAUCUUGCCGCUUCGAUUAUAA